AUGGCGGGCAGCAGUGCCGGAGAGUCCCGGAACUCGCGGGGACGCGCGGACGGGGAGGAUGCGGGCCCCUCGGAGGACCGUCUAUGGGAAGCGACGAGAGAGAAUCAGGAGCAGUUCGAGGGCCAGGAACUGCUCGAACGCCAGGUUGAGAUGGGGGCCCCCAAGAAAGAGAUGGACGCGGGCCUGGUGACGGAGGCCGAGGCGGUAGCUACGGGUUGGAUGCUGGAUUUCCUCUGCCUCUCUCUCUGCCGGGCCUUCCGCGACGGCCGCUCCGAGGAUUUCCACCGGACCCGCGACAGCGCCGAGGCUAUUAUUCAUGGAUUAUCCAGUCUAACAUCUUAUCAAUUGAGAACUAUAUACAUAUGUCAGUUUUUGACAAGAAUUGCAUCAGGAAAAGCCCUCGAUGCACAGUUUGAAACUGAUGAACGAAUUACACCGUUGGAAUCAGCCCUCAUGAUUUGGGAUUCAAUUGAAAAGGAACAUGAUAAACUUCAUGAAGAAAUACAGAAUUUAAUUAAAAUUCAGGCUAUAGCUGUUUGCAUGGAAAGUGGCAAUUUUAAGGAAGCAGAAGAAGUCUUUGAAAGAAUAUUUGGUGACUCACAUUCUAAUAUGUCUUUACAAAGGAAAUUGCUUAUGGUAAUCUCUCAGAAAGAUACAUUUCAUUCUUUUUUUCAACACUUCAGCUACAACCACAUGAUGGAGAAAAUUAAGAAUUUUGUUAAUUAUGUGCUCGAUGAAAAAUCAUCAACAUUUCUAAUGAAGGCAGCAGCAAAAGUAGUAGAAAGUAAAAGAGCAAGAACAACAAUUUCUCAAGAUAAGCCUAAUGGUAAUGAUGCUGACAUGGAAACUCAAGCUAAUAUGGAUGUAGGCAAAAGUGUUAAUGACAAACCAUCUGCAGUAACUGAAUCCUCACGGGAUACAGUAUCCUUAAUGAGGUCUCACAGGAAUCUCUUCUUAUCUAUGUCACAAAAUAGAUGCCAACAAGAUUUUAAUGAGAGAGAAGAAAGAGCAGAAACUUCUGAAACUUUUCUACUUUUAGGUAGAAGAACGACAGAGAAAAAUACACAGGUCACUGAAAGAGAGAGAAUGAAUGUUUUAAACAAUAAGCCAGAAACUUCUAAAAAUUAUCGAUCUAGGAAAAAACAGGCAUGGCUUUGGGACGAAGACAAGAACCUGAGAUCUGGUGUGAGGAAAUAUGGAGAGGGAAACUGGUCUAAAAUACUAUCACAUUAUAAAUUCAACAAUCGAACUAGUGUUAUGUUAAAAGACAGAUGGAGGACAAUGAAGAAGCUAAAACUGAUUUGCUCAGACAGUGAUGACUGAAAAAAGUAUAAAAGCUUGAUGAAAGAACAGUUAAAUAUUUUGAUCAUCGCAUUUUGUUUGAAGUUGGUGGUCACUGAUGUAUCUUAAAAAUUUUGUUUAAAGAUUAUAGUAUUUUUCUGUGACAGUCAUUUAUUUAAUAUGAGGAUUUGUUAUAAGAGUAAUAUGCCAUCAUUGUAUUCUUUAAGAACCUUUUUACUUGGGUAAAAUAUAAAUUUGUCAAACCCUAAUGCUUCCACUACCUCUACCCCCAAAUCCUAUCCUACACCAAGAAAAAAAGUGAAAACCUAGUAAGAGAAAAAUAUAUUUUUGUUAACCUAUUGUUGUGUUUAUAUACUGAUUUCAACUCCAAAACAUACACAUAAGGGUGAAGUGUCUAAAUUUGUGAAUAAUAAUGGGACUUUCACAUAAGAAGUUAAUCACUUGAUUUAUGGCCUUGACAUAUUAAUUACUAAAACAUUUGUUUAUAGAAUGAUACAGAGCAAUCUUCGAGUUUUAACAUACUUAAAUUUCCUUUCAUUAGUUUUAUAUAAAUAAUACCCAUAGAACAAAAUGUGUACUAUUACCAAGAUUUGCUUCAUGUCUCACUUAGGUAUAUUUGACUUUUGUUCCAGUGUUAAAACUUUGACAAAGAUAGGUUUAAGGAAAGCGUGUUUAUAACCUGAUGCCAUAAAUAUCAUUUUCUCUGAUAUUUUUGUUUACUAUAUCAACAGUGGGCCUAAAUAAUCCGUAAGCGCUUACAUUGAUAUUAACCAUGAUCAUUUUCACAUCUGUGAUAAAUACUAAAUAAACAAGGUCAUACAUACCUCGCUAGACAAUUUAGAGUUUUCACCAUUGAUUCUUUAGAGAAUUUAGUGAAAAACUAAUAUAGUUAUUUAGCAUUUUUUGAGUUGCAUGUGCUUUAUUUAAUAAGGGAGUGAAAAUACUGAAGUAUUUGCACAAAAAGUUAAAUGAUAGUAUUUUGUAAUCUGUAUUUCAUUUCUUACUGCAUUAUACAUGACUUUCCCAUUGUUCUUGGAUUUGUUGUCCUAUACAUAUAGUGAACAGAAAUGUGGGUGAUUACUCUAUGCUUCCUGCCUCGGUCUGUUUUGUUAUACCAGUUACUGUCACUGUGUUUAUUGCAGACAUUUUGAUGGUUAAUGCCAAAGCAGGUACCACAGGCCAACAUGGACCUAUAAAUCAACUUCCUCAUUUCACACAUGCUCUGUAAGAUGCUCAGUUAUUUUAUGUUCCACUAAAAAAGAUUACUAUCAAUUAUAGUAUGGUGCUUUCUUAUUUAGAAUUGUAUUUUAUUGAAAGAGCUAGUUUAGAUUUCAUUAAAGCAGAGUUUUAUCAUAUAACUUUUGGAAACAAAAAGGGAAAGCAAAAUAAAUUGGAUAAUGUAUUUUUU